AUGCGCCUGAAGCUUUUCCUUCUGUUGGUCGGGUGCUCCCUGGUCGUCGCGGACCUCAGAGAAGACCUCGAGGUAUACUUUUUCUCGUUUGGAUGGGUCUGCAGUUGAACGGUUUAAAAAAAGAUAUUUUAUACGGGUGUACUGUAAAUCAUUAGAGCCUUAGGCGCGCCAUUCCUAAUGGUAUGAGGGAAGGUGAGCGAGACGUCAAAGUUUCUGAAUUAACAAAAAAAAAUAAGUGCGCGCUCCGGAUAAAAUGCACUGAGUAUCAAACGUUAAUAACUUGUUUUUUCGAUCGCCUUCGGCUCUGUACUCGAGAUUUCAAAUUUCGCGCCAAAUUUUUUUUGACGUCUUCCCACCCCGUUUGGGAACACCGUGUUAGGGUGCUCACUUGAGGGCGCCUAUUAUCUUCGUCUGCACUGGAAAAAGCCGCUAUAGCGGUUGAUUUAAAGAAAUUUCUAUUGUUGAGUGGUCACUUAAGGCAGCAAAGUGCUUGCUUGAGAUAGUAUUUCACUUCUUGUCAGGGCAAUUAUUUUCGAUGUACUGGAAGAAUGAAAUUUUCGGAUUUUUAAAAGUUAUUCAGAGGUUGCAGCGUUGUCUAUUUAACCCGUUUCUGAUUGUUUUCUUUAACUUCUAAGCUUUCUUCUCUCAAAAAAUAGGAAGUUCGGAAUUUUCUGGAAUUCAAUCUGGUACAAGAAUUUUCUGUUCAGUUUUCUAGAAACUCCUAGCUGUUGAAGUGAAUUUUUUCUCAAGAAAGGUUCUGUUUUUUAUUAAGAAUAACAUUUUCAGCAACUGAUAAAAAAUGAAGCUGUCGACCUGAGUUCGAACGCCACGAUCGGAUCUCUUACGCCUGAAGAAGUUGGAAAAUAGGCUUUUUCUUCUGAUUUUUCGCUUUCAAUUUUUAGGAAAAUGAUAUAAUUGCCGAGUUGGUGGUUAACGCUACCGGACAGUUGACCAAAAAAGAGAUUGAGCGUGUGAACAAGGUUUGAAAACGUUGCCGUGUUGAUUAUUUGGACCCUUUUCAGGAACUCGACGCUCUUGCCCGGAAACAGGAGAAGGAAUUUGCCAGUGGAGCUUUGGUCAGGGUGAGUGGACCGAGAAAUUCAUUUUUUUUUCAAAGGCACAGGGGCAGUAAAAAACGGGGUUUCAGAUGAAACCAGUACCUUGUAUAGUUUUUCUUUGCGGAUCGAAUGAUGUACUUAAAAAAAAUACUUAUGUGCAACUUUAGAAGAAAAACGCGAUUUUACUUUCCCGCCUUUAAUUUUAAAAAAAUGCUCUGGAUCGGUAUACGGACAACUGUUUACAGUAGCCGUGCACGCGAUGUUGCGGACGUCUCCUUAGACUCGCGUUUUGUGAGUAAUGUGCUUAUGUGCUUCAAAUAAAGGGUUUCUUUGCUGAAAAAACCAUUUAGUCAAACAAAAACACAACGAUAAUAAAGGAAACACAAAAUAUCGCAAUCCCAAUCGAAACCUGUGUAAAAUUAUCAUUUUUCACCAAAAAAGAAUUUUGCGAUCGAAGUGUGCAAAUUAUUUAUGAAUAGAAAGUUUUUGUGACCAAAAGAACUUUGGAGACAACAUAAAAAAUUAAAAAUUGAAACUAACGAAGAAAAAAGCGAAAAUCCGAAAAAAUGGCGAAGCCUGUUGUCCAUAGAGCAACUUUACUGCAAAAUGCCUUUUUGGCGAGAACUCAAGCUUUCCUUUCUUCGACUUUGAAUUCUUUUUUCUCCAAAAUUAGGAAGUUUGGUACAUUUCCAAGUUUACCCUUCGAUUCGCAAUGAAAAGCUCUACAAAGUACUGCUUUGAACUGAAACACCGUUUUUUACUGCCCCUAUGCCUUUAAAUAAAUAAAAAAACUUGAAUCAAGCUAUGGAGCUUGUAGUGUAUGAGUAUAUACAGGUGCGCAAAGUCUACGAAAGCAAAUAUAAUUAACGGUAAAUGUACAGUAUUAUUAACAAACUGAUUUGAAGUUUUGAGGUAUUUAGAAAAAUAACAACAGAAGAGAAACAAAUGUUUUCCCCAAGACCAACGCUAUUGCGAAUCCAGACCCGUAGACGCUUAAGAAGCGCGUUGACCGUGGAGGAGGGGUAGUCGUCGCCGAUUUUGGCACAUUCUCGCUCAGAAAAGUUUAAGAGACUCGAUCUUCUGAUGAGGGGUAACACAGGCUUACAACUGUAGAGCGCCCCAUACGGAGUAGCCCGUUUUGAGAUAUGGCAAAUGGAGCAGCCUUUCUAAAAAAUCGAUAAAUUCAUGAACCAUCUUUUUGCACGACUCCAAGUCCUGUUUGGCUGCUUUUCAAAGCGUCCCUUGGCCCAUGGGAGCAGUGCCUUUUGCAAAACGUUUCUUUCAUAAUUGUACGCGUUAAUCUUUAAAAGUUACUAAAUUUCGUAUCAAAGCAUGUUCUGAUGACUUUGAAAAUUGCAGAGAAAACGUCUUUUAACCUUUUAAUAAUAAUUUUAUUUAUUUACAGGCAGAACAAAAUAACAUGUACAAAAAAUGAAGGAAAAAAUUGGCAUUUAAGCCUGAAAUAGAUAAAUAAAAGGCACUUGAGGCCCUCACGAGCCUCUGAGCCAGUAAUGAAAUAUGAUGAGGAAAGAAUAAGAAGCGAGAAUUGCACGAAGGUAAAAAAAAAAGUAAAUAGGAAAGAAAACAUUAUAAGUUAUGACACAGUGUAGCACACGUAAAAGGGGAAUUAAUUGGUUGUAAUGAUAUAGACACGCAUUAAAUGGAUUAGAGUACGGAUGAAGCACGGGUGCCUGGUUUAACGGAGUCUGCUGGGAAUAGAUCCAAAAAGGAAAUUGUUGUCGAGGGAUAGUAACAAUGAGCUGAAACGAUCUGGAAAAACAUAGAGGAUUCCCAGUGUAGCCAGUUUAUUCCAAAGAGGGAUGAACGUCUCAAAGAAAUUGUCGAAACGCAUCUCUACUCUGAUAUGAUGGAGCACGUACUGAAUUUGAUCUCCUGAAAACACUGUGAGCAACUGGCACAUGACUCUCCUUUUUAUGUAGGGACUGAACAACUCACAACAGUAGUCCAUAUAGGGAGCAAAGUAAGUAAGAAAAAUCCGACUCAUUAGAGCGGGAGACAAGGCGCGGAACGCUCUAAUGAUUUUUUUUACUUUUUAGUUUGCAUAAGGCUAUAACCUUCACCCUUUUCGGAGGAGUGUUUUCUUUUAAACUCGGUUUUUUCGUUUUUUCUCUUUGAGAAAUUAAAAAGGAUUUUGUCAUUCUUUAGCUAAAAAGGCUCCUUUCAGGACUAUUUCCCUGAUGUUGCUUCUGCUCCAGCUCCGCCGCCUCCUGCUCCUGGACAGAGUCCUCCCAAACCUUCUUCUGGUCCAGCAAAGCCUCCUAGAGCUCCCGCCACCACUGAAGCUCCGAAGCCUCCUGUUGUACCGAACAAGCCAACUGUUGGCCCGGUGAAUCCUCCUAGUGCUCCCGUAACCACUGAAGCUCCGAAGCCUGGUGUACCGAACAAGCCAACCGUUGGCCCGGUAAAGCCUCUUAGUGCUGCUGCCACCACUGAAGCUCCGAAGCCUCCGGUUGUACCGAACAAGCCACCUGUCGGCCCGGUUAUUCCUCCUAGUGCUGCCGCCACCACUGAAGCUCCGAAGCCAACCGUUGGCCCGGUAAAGCCUCUUAGUGCUGCUGCCACCACUGAAGCUCCGAAGCCUCCGGUUGUACCGAACAAGCCACCUGUCGGCCCGGUUAUUCCUCCUAGUGCUGCCGCCACCACUGAAGCUCCGAAGCCAACCGUUGGCCCGGUAAAGCCUCUUAGUGCUGCUGCCACCACUGAAGCUCCGAAGCCUCCUGUUGUACCGAACAAGCCACCUGUCGGCCCGGUUAUUCCUCCUAGUGCUGCCGCCACCACUGAAGCUCCGAAGCCUGGUGUACCGAACAAGCCAACUGUCGGCCCGGUAAAGCCUAUCGGUCUCGCCACCACUGAAUCUCCGAAGCCUCCUGUAGUACCGAACAAGCCAGCUGUUGGUCUGGUAAAACCUCCUGGUGCUCCCGCCACCACUGAAGCUGCGAAGCCACAAGACGCUCCUGCUUCCACUGCGGCUCCUGUUCUUCCUUCCAGACGUACUCGUAGACCUCGUCUUCAGCCGCCUCAAGCCGAAACUACUAUUGCUGCGAAGCUUCCGAGCGUUCCUGGACAGAGUCCUCCCGGUCCUGGUCAACUGCCUCCGAAACUGCUGGGCGGAGAUGCCACCACUGCUGCUGCUCGCAGGCGUAGAACUCGGGUUCCUUCCUUUGGGCAUCAUUUGGUUGAAGAAUUCGACGAUGUCGAUGAUUCUCCUCUUGUCGGCGACUCGGUUCUCGACGACUUUGAGGAGGUAAUUUUUCAUUUUAAAGAAAUAACGAAGUUCGUUGUAAGAAAAACAAAUAACUUGAAGUUGCAAAAAUAUGGAAACAGACGUUUUUGAAACUUGAAAAAUUAGUUGAAUUAACUCUCUUCAGGAUAUAACAUAAACUUAUAAACUUGGUAGGGCUUAAUCUAAAUAUUGAAAGUUAUAGCGGACUAUGCAAAUUGAGCCUUCAGAGAACAAAAAAAUUACAGUUUUUUUGUGAGUCCUGAGAAUGUCCUUCACUGAUAAGGAAUGAGCAAAGAAUUAAAAAGUAAACUUUAUUUUUGUUGUAAAAAUGUGUUUUUUUCGGCUAGAAUUUUUUUACUAACCAUGAAAAAUGAUCUCGAGAAUAUUCUAUCGAACAGUAGCAAAAAGAAGCUUGCAGAGUCACUAA